AAUCAUUGAAUCAAAAAUACCCAAUAUGGAAAACCCUCUCAAUCUUUUCAAACACUUGAUAUUUAAUAACUUUCAUAUAUCCAAGAGACCCUUUUUAUGUAUAUUUGUUUUGAUAGCAAUACUAUUGGAUUUUUCAUCAUAGUCUGAAAAAGGUAUAUUUUCUGAUAAUAAAAAUGGCUGUUCCUAAAGUAAAUGAGAGUUUUCUUGGAGAACUUGAAGCAAUGGGAUUCCCUUUGGCUCAGGCAACAAGAGCACUUCAUUAUUCUGGUAAUAGUAGUAUAGAAGAUGCUGUAAAUUGGAUAGUUGAUCAUGAAAAUGACCCAGACAUUGAUCAAAUGCCCUUGAUAUCAGCUGAUAUUGAUAUUGGUAUCGAUUCAACUGAGCAAUUCAAUUUGACAGAAGAAAUGAAAAGAAAAGCUCAAGAAUUAAGGGAUCGAGCAAGGAAGAACAAUGAAGAAGAAGAAAAGAGAUUGAAGAGAGAAGGAGAAAAGGAGAGGAUUCGUUCAGGCAAAGAACUCAUGGAAGCAAAACGAGCUUUGGAAGAAAACGAAAGAAAACGUUACUUGGCUUUAAAACAAUCAGAGAAAGAGGAAGAAAAAAAAGCAAAAGAGAAAAUUCGCUGGAAACUUGAACAAGAUAAGUUGGAAAGAAGUAGUAAGCUUCAAAUGCCACUAAAGAGCCCAACAAAACAUUCUAUACCUGUGGUACAACAAAAACAGAUUAUUUCAGUUCCUGCUGUGUCUGUUUCAAGGGCUGAGCUCAUGAGUGAGUGUUUAAGGUCUCUCAAGCACAACCACAUGAAUAAUGAAGCCAAAGUUAGAAAAGCCUUCCAAACUUUGUUGACUUAUGUUGGAAAUGUUGCAAGGAAUCCUGACCAAGAAAAGUUCAGGAAGAUAAGAAUGAGUAACCCUAUAUUCAAGGAGAGAGUUGGGAGUGUGAAAGGUGGUGUCGAGUUUCUUGAGCUGUGUGGAUUUGAGAGAAGAGAAGAAGGAGAGGAGUUUUUGUAUCUUCCUAGAGAAAAUGUGAACAUGGCAGUGUUGAACUCAGCUGGCUCUGAAUUGAAGUCUGCCAUUACCAACCCCUUCUUUGGUGUCUUUAGCCUCCCAAAAGAGGAGAAGAUUGUCUUAGGUUGAGACUGUGAUGAGAGUAGGUUCUAAGUGAAUUGAGUACUCAAAGAUGUGUAAGGAUUGUGAUUAAUGUUCAUGACUUUAACAUUUUCUAUAGAAUGCCAAUAUUAUUAUGUAUAUUGCUUAAUUUCCAAUCAUAAUUAAUCGCUUAUUUAU